AUGGCUGUCCAGGCAACAUCGUCCUCAGCUACAAGCGUCUCGAUUGUAGUUAUCUCUCUCUCGCCUCUCAACGUUACCUCGUGUGCGAUUGUUUGGUUGGAGAGCAGCACACCAGGCUUUGCCGGUCGGUCGUCGCCUUUAUCUGGCAGGAAUUUCAGAUGGUCACUGCAGUCUUUGUGGAUAUCCCGACCUUUACCUCCCCCGUGGUGCUUCUCUCCCAAAUAUGGUAUAGACGCAACCUUCACGUUCACGACGGUUGUAUUCUGCCGGGGUAACACUUGGUUGCCUCAAGUAGAGCCAUGCAGAUGGUUAAAACCACCAAUGGGCUAUGUUAAACUGAAUGUUGAUGGAGCUUGUCCACUUGAUACUAGUUCUUUGGCAGUGAUGGCUAUUCUGCGGGAUUCCAAUGGGUUUCUGUUGGCAGGCCGGGCUAGUUGUAUCGAAGGUCCUCACGAUGCUGGGUAUGUGGAAGCACAGGCCAUUUGUUUUGGUUUUCGAUUCGCAGUGGAGUUGGGUUAUUCUCAGGGGAAACUAUAUGAUGGAAGAGAGAUUGCAGUGAAGAAGCUAUCUCAUAGCUCAAAUCAGGGUGAAAGGGAGUUUGAGAACGAGACUCGGUUGUUAGCUCGUGUGCAUCACCGCAAUGUUCUGAAUAAUGGCUAUCCCUUGUUCCCAUAUGAAAAGAUUUUGGUAUACGAGUUCAUCACCGACGAGAGUUUAGACAAGCUUCUUUUCAAUAAGUUUCCAUAA